CCGAAGGACUGUGGCAUGGCCUACUUUAAGCCAAACAUGGCAGAGAGGAUCAUCUCUGGAAAUGAAGCCAGACCUCACUCUUGGCCGUGGCAGGUCUCACUGCAGGUUCGUCCUAGAGGAAGCAAACACUACAUCCAUGUCUGUGGAGGAACUCUCAUCCACAAGAACUGGAUUCUCACCGCUGCUCACUGUUUCCAAAAGGGUAAAGACGAGGAUGCUGGAAGCUGGAGGGUCAUCCUCGGGAAGCACCAGCUAAAGCGUUCAGAGAAUGCAGAGAGGAUUUUUCCGGUGAAGAGAAUCUACCGGCACGAAAACUUCCAUUAUCCCACACACAGCGAGCUGGACUACGACAUCGCCUUAGUGAAAGCUGCCACAGAUAUCCUCCCUUCCAACUUCAUCCGCUACGCCUGUCUGCCGCACAAGCAGACCAGCCUCAGACCAGGACACUACUGCUGGGUCACCGGCUGGGGGGACACCAGAGGUGGAAAGGAGAAUGUCUCACUGGCAGAAGCUCUGAAUCAAGCCCGUCUGCCCAUCAUCGACUUCAAGACCUGUCGGCAGAAGAAAUUCUGGGGUGAUCGUGUCCAAGACUCAAUGAUCUGUGCUGGGUUCAAAGACACAGAGGAUCCUCCUGCUGCAUGCCAGGGAGACUCUGGCGGUCCUCUGCUGUGCCAGCUGGGCAGAGACCGCUGGGAGGUGCACGGCGUCGUGAGCUUUGGUCCAAUCGGCUGCACUGUAGAGAACAAACCCAGCGUGUUCACCCGCACCACGGCCUACAUCCCCUGGCUUGAAGCAACACGUAUCAGGGACUUCUUCCUGCACUGACAGCAGACAUAAGCUCCACAUCGCCUGUUGGGACAUUUACUGACUCCGAGCUACCUUCUUUCCACGAAACCCCUCACUUGGACGUCGUGCAUCAAUCACUUUAUCACUUGUUUCUGACAUUAUGUGUACCAUUGUUAAAAAAAACUGUUAUAAAGCACUGCUUAGCAUCCACUACUCAGAGUUUUAUAUCCCAUCUACAAUUGUACAAUAAAACAUGUUAAAAGUAAAAUCCUAGAGUACAUUCUUCACAUUUGGUUUUAUUUUUGAUUAUAGUUGUUGGUCUGAAGGAGACACAAAUACAGCACGUACUUCCAGUACAGUGUUACUGUCCCGCUGUACGAGAUUUAGUCUGCAGCAGUCAAACAGUAAACACUGCAGAUAUUUUCCAAUAAAUACGGCAAAGUAAAAACAGCAGAACCCAACUUUAAUUUUUCUUUUCUUUGGGGGGCAGAUACAGCGGCUGAUAAGAGGCAACAACCGUUCCAAAUUAAUGUAAGAGAAAAACAAAACAUUUAUGAUUUAAAAAAAAGUGUAAAUUUGCAAGAGCUUUCUGAAGCAAAGGCCUGUUGAAUUGAUGAAGGCGGUUUUUUUGCAUUUGUAAGCAUUUUCGGCUUUUACUGGUGUCUUAAUUUGGAAGUGUUGUGGUCUGUAUUAGCCACAGUGGAGAGACCAUUACAUAAAAAAGCCCUCCACAAAGUACAGUGACACUCACCCGGUGAACCACAAACACCAGCCAGAUUACCUGAUAAAGUCACGUGGGCUCACAAUUCUAUGUUUAUGGCACUAAUUUGACAGUACUCUAAAAAAUAUCACCAAAAAAGUCUCCAAUAAACACUGACAUACUGAAGCACACCUGAACACAUCACCACAGGUGUGCUCAAUGCUGAUCCAGAUUAGAUCGGCAACA